AUGGCGCGCAUUGGCCAAUCCUUCUAUAUUCCCUCAGCUUCAAGCUUGUCGAUUGAGAUAUCCUUCGUCCCCGCACCUUCGCGCGAUCUCGAACCGACAACAUGGCCAUCCGAACCGCACCGUCCCUCAGCAUCGAUGUCUACUGAGUUGGGCUCCUUGAGGCCCAAUUCUUGCACUGCGACUUCUCGCCAACCCUGUCACUCCUAUCGACGGAGUCUAGAUCCUGCUGGUAUCCCGGAGAUCGGUGGUACAACCACCAUCACUGAGAUCAGUCACGAGUCCGCACCCAUCGCCUUCAGGAACAUGGCUCGCAAUAUCGUAUCCUGGGAGAAGCACACGUUCCUCGUGACGGUAUUUACCUGGAUUCUCCUACGUCCGGACGUGGAAGCUUUGUCAAGACGUGCCUUUGAGCUUCACGCUCCAUUUCAUUACUCCAGACGCAUUUGCUCGAAUACGUUUCUCAAACGCGUGGCCGCGAGCGCCGAGGCUGAUCGACGCUUGCCUGGCGACACGAUAUUCGAACUGGCCGACGCUGAAGACGACAGGCACGUACAUGGUCUCACAUGUGAAGAGGGCAACCUUGGUGAGGAGGACGACCUGGAUGAGGACGGCCUGGAUGAGGACGGCCUGGAUGAGAAGGGUGACAUGGGUGAAAAGAGAGCGUCUAUGGUGCUCUAUGUCCCUCUCAGACUCUUCGUCGUGCAAGGUCGACAUGAGAGUGUCAGGAGAGAGGACCACCAUCUUGUCCGGCGUCUCGUUCAUGUGCUUGAUGAGGAGGACAAUCUUCGUUCAAGCAACAGGCACCUUCAGCCAGCCCUCUGCCCGCAGUCUCAACUCACUGCUGACGCCAAGCAACGCCUUGCUUCCUUCCAUACUUCACGACUUGAUUCAGCCGAGCUGGCCCACACGGCACUGGUCCCGAUCGCGAGGGCCAGCGGACUGCAGAUUCAGCAAUUCCACGUGGCAAGCUUGCUUCUGGCCUAUGUAACGUUGUCUCUCUCGCCGCAUGCCGAUGGUGCGGAAGACGACAUACUUCCCUUGAUGACUUCACCAGCCAAAGAUGCUCCAAAGUCGGAGUGUUGCAUCUGUGGCACGCCAAUUGAUUCAGGCGCAGAGGGCGAAACUUGGCGUGGUCAUGCGCAGAUAUGCACCUCGCACGAGGGCCAUACAGCCCACAUCAGCUGUCAGAGAGCGCUGAUUCAAGCAAAAGAGGAGCACCCUGUACACCGAGGGAAGGGGAACAAACUGAAGUAUGACCCUGCAUCAUGGAUCAGCUUCAUCGAGAAGCUCGCCAGCUGCCCGACAGCAUUUGACCUCCCUGUGCGGGAUUCUUCUCAAGAGCUGAUCCCGGACAACACUCCCUUGAGAGCGCUGCCCGCAAAAGCUUGUCUACGUGUCUUACACUACCUCCAAGAGCCCUCAGAUCUUCUUUCACUAGCGCUGGUGUCUCGAGCAUUCUAUUCAUACGUCAACUACUGUUGUGAAGAGUGGGCUUGUCGGAAACAUAAUCUGCUGAGAAAUUCCCACGUCAAGCCCGGGGCUUGGUACAAGGUAUGGGAACAGGUCGCACCCCGAGCUCGCCAGUCGUUCGAGGAUAGCUCGGAGCAUUUGGUCGCGGACUCACCAACGGAGGCAGAGACUGAGAUCGCGGUGCCGUGCGAGGCUUCGACUUUUCCUACUGGAUUGAUACGGUCAAUUGUCUUGGGAAGUCUUCAAUCAGCAGAGGGCUUGAUAACUCUUGAUGAGGUUUUAAACCCUCCAUCGUGGAAGUGUGAUGUUCGAGUGCCAGGAAGGAGCACCGCCAACUUGUCCCCUAUCCGAUUCUUUUACUUUGGAAUGGUCAAGGUUUCAUCCCAACGGGUAUUAUGCUCUAGUCAUCACUUCAUUUUCGGUAACACGUGA